AUGAAGGUCGCAAGUGUUAUUGAUGUAGGUAUUACUCUUGAAGACAUUGACAGGAAUCAUAGAGUUGGGCCUAGGACAGAUGACAAGUGUCACUCUGCUAUUAUUAAAUUAAUAUCUUUGAGGAAAAGGGAUGAAAUGUUUCAAAAUAAAAGGGUAAUUGAUGAUAGUGGGAAAAUUAACAGGUAAUAAUGGGCUCCAUGGAAGAUAGUAUCCAAGAAGCGAUGUGUAAGUUGAGUUACAUAGCUAAACAAAAAUGCGGCAAUGUGAAAAAUAUAUUUUGUAAAUACAAUUAAAUGAAC